AUGGAUCAUCAGGUCAAGCUACUAAUGAUCUUGUUUGCCUGCUUGUUAGCUUCCAUUAGCAUCAAAGGUCAAGCGGAGGGGUGCUCGCUGGACAACAUCGCGGUGAGCCAGUCGGCGACGGGAGGGUGGGCCCACGGGCAGCCGGAGUACGCCGUGACGGUGAGCAACACGUGCGGGUGCCCGCAGUCGGACGUCCGGGUGGCGUGCGACGGCUUCAACACCACCCUGGCCGUCGAUCCCUCCAAGCUCCGGCCAGCCGGCGGCGACCUCUGCCUCGUCAAUGGCGGCACGCCGGUGGUGCAGGGCCAUGACGUCACCUUCAGCUACGCGUGGAGCCCGCAGUUCAAGUUCACUCCGGUCUCCUCAACCCUCAACUGCUAA